UCUUUCUAAUGUUCUUCGGUAUGUCUUCUCUAUUGUUUGGAGGCGUUUCAGCAAGUAAGAAUCUACAUGCACCACUUUUGCAUGCCAUAUUUCGUGCACCAAUGUAUUUCUUCGACACCACUCCAUUUGGGCGAAUACUUAAUCGAAUCGGAAAAGAUAUUGAAACAAUUGACUUUUUGCUUCCUUAUAACGUGCAAUUUUUUGCUCAAUGUGUACUACAGGUUCUUUCCACACUAAUUAUAAUUCUGAUCUCAACACCAAUGUUCGGUAUUGUUGUUAUCCCAUUGGCAAUUUUCUAUGUUUGUGUCUUGAAAUAUUAUAUUUCUACAUCUCGGCAGUUAAAAAGGCUUGAGUCGAUUACGCGUUCACCCAUUUAUUCACAUCUUAGCGAGUCAAUUAAUGGUGCUCCUACAAUUCGUGCAUAUGGACAAACUGAUCGUUUUUCCCGUAUCUUGCAACAGAAAGUUGAUGCGCAUGUUCAGUGUCGAUAUCUUAAUUACGUGGCAAACCGAUGGCUCAGUAUCCGUUUAGAAUUCAUAGGCAAUUGUGUUGUACUUUUUGCUGCUUUCUUUGCAGCCAUUUCACGUGGUUCAAUAAGUGCUGGUGUGCUCGGACUUUCUGUUUCAUACUCAUUGAAUAUAACUUUUGUGCUAAAUUUUGCUGUACGUCAAAUCAGCAAGCUCGAAACCAAUAUUGUCUCUGUUGAGCGUGUUAACGAAUAUUCUAAUACAAAGCCUGAAGCUGAAUGGAUUACCGAGCCCUCCAAAAGGCAGCCUCAGAAUUGGGCUAAUCAUGGGAAUAUAGAAUUUCGUGACUAUUCUACUCGAUAUAGAUCUGGACUUGAUUUGGUUAUCUACCAUUUGAAUGCACAAGUGCAAGCAAGGGAACGAAUUGGCAUUGUGGGCAGAACUGGGGCUGGUAAGAGUUCAAUUACUCUUGCUCUUUUCCGUAUGGUUGAGCCUUGUUCUGGUACAAUCUUUAUUGAUGGUGUUGAUAUUACUGAUUUGGGACUUCAUGAUUUACGUUCAGCCAUCACUAUAAUUCCGCAAGAUCCAAUACUUUUUUCUGGCACUCUUCGUUUUAAUUUGGAUCCAUUCGAGAGGUAUACAGACCAGGAGAUUUGGACUGCGCUAGAGUUUGCAAGUCUGCAAGAAUUUGCAGCAGCACAACCAAGCAAGCUUGAACAUGAAAUCACAGAAGGCGGAGAGAAUAUAAGGCAUGUCGGUCAACGUCAAUUGGUUUGUCUAGCUCGUGCUUUGCUUCGUGCACCGCAUUCUCGUAUUUUGGUAUUAGAUGAAGCAACGGCUGCUGUUGAUGCUGACACUGACAUGCGAAUUCAGCAGUCUAUUCGCGAGCAUUUUUCACAUUGCACAGUGUUAACUAUUGCACAUCGUCUGAAUACAAUACUUGAUUAUGAUCGAGUUUUAGUUAUGGAACAGGGCCGAGUUAAAGAAUUUGAUUCACCACAGACACUCCUUUCAAAUCCGGAUUCUGAAUUUUCAAAACAGGCAAAACAUGCAGGAAUACUUCCAUCUUCAUUGACUUCUGGCAUUUCUUUUUGA